CUGUCAAGAUGGCGACCCCCAGGAGCUGUGUUCUAUGGAGCUACUGCGGCCGUGGAUGGUCGCGAUUGAUGCGAACCGGCGGGCCCCAGUGGCUUCAUAGCUCCUUGCCCGCGGGCUCGCUGGGUGUGCGGCUCUUGUCUCAAGAGAAGCAAGCAACGGAAACGCACUUCGGAUUUGAGACUGUGUCGGAGGAGGAGAAGGGGGGCAAAGUCUAUCAGGUGUUUGAAAGUGUGGCCAAGAAGUAUGAUUUGAUGAAUGAUAUGAUGAGUCUGGGCAUCCACCGUGUCUGGAAAGAUAUGCUUCUGUGGAAGAUGAACCCGUUCCCUGGGACUCAACUGCUGGAUGUUGCUGGAGGCACAGGUGACAUUGCAUUCCGGUUCCUUAAUUAUGUUCAGGCACAGCAUCAGAGAAAGCAGAAAAGGCAGUUAAAGGCUCAACAGAAUUUAUCCUGGGAGGAAAUUGCCAAAAGGUAUCAGAAUGAAGAGGAUCCCUUGGGUGGUUCCCGUGUAAUGAUCUGUGACAUCAACAGGGAGAUGUUAAAGGUGGGACGGAAGAAAGCCUCUGACCAAGGAUACAAGGCUGGACUUGCAUGGGUACUGGGAGAUGCUGAAGAACUGCCCUUUGAUGAUCACAAGUUUGAUGUUUACACCAUUGCCUUCGGGAUCCGAAAUGUCACACACAUUGAUCAGGCACUCCAAGAAGCUCAUCGGGUCCUGAAGCCAGGAGGACGAUUUCUGUGUCUGGAGUUUAGCCAAGUAAAUAAUCCGCUCAUCUCCAGGCUUUAUGAUCUAUAUAGCUUCCAGGUCAUUCCUGUCCUAGGAGAGGUCAUUGCAGGAGACUGGAAAUCCUAUCAAUAUCUUGUAGAGAGUAUCCGGAAGUUCCCAUCUCAGGAAGAGUUCAAGGAGAUGAUAGAAGAUGCAGGUUUUCAGAAGGUGACUUAUGAAAGUCUUACUUCAGGCAUUGUGGCUAUUCAUUCAGGCUUCAAACUUUAGCUCCUUUUCCUUUUCUGGAGACGUCCAGUUAUACACUGUUGAGAGCCUGGAACCGAAGGAUAACCUAGCUGAUGAGACAGCUGCUGAGCAUCUCCUAUUGAAGAUACGAAUCAUGGACUCGUGUUCUGAAACAAUCAAAAGGAGAAGAAACAAAUUCCUAUAAUUUUUUAUAACUUUCACUAGAAGCUGCUCAGGUCUUUUCUCAGAGGCAUUUGGUCUUUUUGUUGUUGCUGUUUUGUUUUUCUUUACCUCCUAACUUCUUUUGGCUAGCACAGUGGGGUUCAGGUACGAACAGCACUAACAGUAUUUUGAAGUACAGUAUAUUUUUGCUAAUGGUGCUGCCUUCCAGAGGUUUGGAAAGGGGUCACUUGAAUCCAGUGAUGACUUACCUGUAUUUGAGUACAACUUUCACCCUGGACUAGGGCGUGAAAGCCAAGGUCUAAGUCAGAAGGCUAACAACACUAGAAUUGUGGGCCGAGGUGUAGCUCAGUAGUAGAACAUGUGGUUAGAACACACACACACACACAAACACACACACCCACCCACCCUGAAAGUAUGUGCUGAAUCAGUAAAGGAGUUUACGAUUUGGAUGGUA